UCCAUUUCAACGCGUUGUCCAGAGCGAUAACUACGAAAAAACUCGAUUUGUCAACAAGUCAACCGAGCCUGCAUCUUGCCACGACUGUGUACACACGGAGCCUACAGCUCAAAGCGAUCAUGGCUUGGGUGCCUGCUCAACUACCUUACCUCAAACCGCCCGACCUACUACCGGCCCCUCUACCUAUCGAAUCUCGUUUCUUCGAAUCAACAGCCGUGUUUCGGGACGAUGCAUCCUAUCACAGGGUGGUUGCGGUUGAGCCUCACUUCAUUGUCAAAUACGGACGGGGUGUUAAGGAGAUCGAGGGCCAGGUACUUCUGUUUCUCGAGCACCACCUAGAAGCUUGCCAUGGGUUGCCGAAACUCUACGCAAUGUAUCGCAUAGCAAGUACGGGCCAUGUCUGCCUGAUCAUGCAGCGCAUGCCUGGUGUGUCACUCAAUCAAUUGUGGCCUACCCUCAAGAACUUCGAAAAAUCCGAUAUUUGUACCAAGUUGAACGAAAUCUUUACGUCAAUCCGAAGUAUCCCAGCUCCUCCGCUCUACGGAAGUAUUGACCAAGGCCGGUUCCACCAUUAUCUGUUCUACAGCUCCGAUGCUGACAAAGAAAUAUGUGGUCCAUUCGACUCAGAAGACAACUUCAAUGCGGCACUGGUAAAGCGUCUCCGGUCUGCUUCGGCACAGAUGAGGAAGCAUAGCUUUAAGGCAGACUUCUAUGAGAGAAAUCUUGGAAGGACAUUAGUUGGUCAUAAGCCUAUUUUCUCGCAUUCAGAUCUGCAAAGAAAAAACGUGAUAGUGCAUUGGGAUACAUUGCAGGGCUUAACCGUCAGCCUAAUCGAUUGGGAGGAGGCUGGCUGGUUCCCGGCUUAUUGGGAAUACUUCGCUGCCCUGCAAGGUGUACAAUGGGAUGACGACUGGUCCCAGCGUAUCGAAGAAAUUAUGGAACCUUGGGUCAGCGAAGCGGCAGUCAUGAAAAUGGUGCAUCAAGACCUAAUAUUCUAAGCGAUAAUGUUCUUAUUUGCUAGCUCUUUGAUAUAUCUCAGCUGGCUAAGUUCAGAGCCAUCCAACGGAAUUGUUCUACGAAUCUAGAAUAAACUAGCAAUACAAGACAUAAUCCCUCCAGA